AUGGCGCGAGAGAUAAGAGACAUUCGGGAGUUUCUGCAGACAGCGCGAAGGAAAGAUGCGCGAAAAGUUGUAAUACUGAGGAGUAUAAGGAGGCCGAAGGGGCAGCCUUUUGCACCUUCUUCUGCAGGCUCUCUGAUAACAAAGUUCAAGAUACGCUGUUCUAAACAUUUAUAUACUUUGGUUGUUACCGAUAAAGCAAAAGCACAAAAGAUCGAGAGCUCUUUACCUCCUUCUCUUAAGCAGCAAGUAAUACCCGCAAAAAAAUAA